AUGGCCGCGAGCGGCAGCACGGGCGGUAGCUCGGGCUCCUGGUGGAAAUCGCUAACGAACAGCAGCAGGAAGAAGGGCAAAGAGACCACGGCGCCGACAGCUCCGCCUGCACCUGCGGAGCCCGCCGUGUCCGCGCCACCCAGCCCGGACUCUCGGGAGAACCUGCACCCCAAUCUCCCCGGGGGCGCCGGCGAGCCCCACAAGCCAGACAAGCUCUGCGGGGAGAAACUGGCCAACAGCCGCCGCAACCUGAAGAUCUCGCGCUCCGGCCGCUUCAAGGAGAAGAGGAAGGUGCGUGCCACGUUACUCCCAGAGGGUGCCCGGGCCUCCGAGGAGGCCGGCGACCCUGAAGACCCCCACGAAGAGAAACAAUAGCCCGAAUGCCUCAGGACCAUGUCCUAGGGCCAUCGCCGAUCCUCAGUCUGCCCUAGGACUGAAAAGUCCCAGUGUUUGGGGUGCCUCAUACCACCAAAUUCAGAAUAUUCUUCCAAGGCUGCCACCGUGGUUCUCAUGGGCAUUGAAGUGUCAAUUGAAUUUUCAAUAUGUCAUGACUGAAGGAGGCAUUAAACUCUGUGUGUGUGUGUGUGUGUGUGUGUGUGUGUUGGAGCUUGGGUUUUUACCCUUUAAAGUUAUCCGAUGGCUUCAGCAGUACUUGGUAAGAGAGGGCACUUGGGCUCAAACUUCACGGCCCCUCCAAUGAGGAAUAUUCAGGACUGGCUCCUGAGACACUGCUGUUUUCAAAGCCUGGGAAAUGCACUUUAGACGCACGUCUGUAGACUUGAAGUGAAGGAAUGGGGAGAGAAGGAAGCAUUUUAAGUAGAAAUGUUUCGAGGCAGGAGAGCAUUUGUUGUUGAGUACGACACUUUCCCGCCUGUUCCGUGUGGACUAUUAAAAGUUAUUGCACUGUAA